GUCAUCGCGGGAUGAGAUGGGUGUGGCCUGGGGGGGGAGGCGAGAAGGGGGUAUAUAGGCAGCCCCAUAGGGCCAGGCGCUUUUAUCUAUUCUGCGACCUGAGACCCAUCAGCCUACCCGAGGGUUAUAUUGCUGCGCCUUAGAUCCAGUUUCUAGGACUGCCUUGAUUGAGCCAUGGCCUCUGCCGGUUUCCAGAUCCUGGGCAUGGCCCUGACAGUGGUGGGCUGGAUCGGCACGAUCGUCACCUGUACCCUGCCCAUGUGGAAGGUCACAGCUUUCAUCGGCAGCAACAUCGUGACGGCCCAGACCACCUGGGAGGGGCUGUGGAUGAACUGCGUCGUGCAAAGCACCGGCCAGAUGCAGUGCAAGGUCUACGAUUCCAUGCUGGCCCUGCCCCAGGACAUCCAAGCUGCCCGAGCCCUCAUGGUCAUCGCUGUGCUCCUAGCCGUCCUGGCCCUGCUGGUCGCGAUAGUGGGAGCCAAAUGCACCAACUGUGUGGAGGACGAGGACACCAAGGCACGCAUCGUCAUUGUCUCCGGCGCAGUCUUCAUCGUGGCAGGGGUCCUCUGCCUGAUCCCCGUCUGCUGGUCGGCCAACACCAUCAUCCGGGACUUCUACAACCCACUGGUGGUAGAGGCUCUGAAGAGAGAGCUGGGGGCAUCCCUCUACAUCGGCUGGGCAUCUGCUGCCUUGCUGAUCCUUGGGGGGGCGCUCUUGUGCUGCAACUGCCCCAAGAAGGAGAGCAACAACUACAGUGCCCGCUACACGGCGGCUGCCUCUCAACCCCGCAGCGACUACCCCAGCAAGAACUACGUCUAGGAGCGCUGGAAAUGAAGCCACCCAUUGUCCUGAUAGCCCACUGCGUUUGGGUGCCUUGGAGACAGGGUCACAUCCUUGCUCAGGGGCCACACGAUGAAUGUCCCAACUGAGAACCACACUUCUUGUUCAAGACUUCCCAACAUGUUGUUCCGUCAGUAUUUUCUUUCCACUGUUACAAAGUCGUAUAUGUAUAUAUUUAUAUAUAUAAUUUCCCCUCAAAAUCAGAACUCUCUUCCAGAGAACACCUUGGACUUGUAGUCAAUGUCCUCUUCUGUGUAGGUAGUUGGGGUAUUAUACUGCAAAAGUUAUUUCUCUAGGUAACUCUGAAAAGCGGGGAGAGGGGGAGAGAGUUGGAACGUUCAACCUGCCGGAUUCAACAAGGGACUGAAGUUGCCAAUGCCCUGGAGAUCCGAUCUUGUUCAGUAGGCUCUCUGGGGUGGGGUGGGGGGAGUGACAGGUGCUCCAUACCUGGUCAUCAAAGCUGUGAUGUGUUGUACAAUAUUACUUGUAAGCCAAAGGCCUGUGGCCAUCAAUGUUUUUGCUAACCUGUUUUAACCUUGCAUGCAUUUUCAUAUUGGAAGCCAGCUUCUAAUUUUUUUAGUAUGACGAAUGAAUAAAAAUUAUGAUUUUUUUUAUACAUA